AGUUUCUCAUUGACGCAUUAGGUAGGCACGCCUGCUGCAAGGUGUGGUUAGGUGGAGUAUGUUAAAGGAAAGGAGAUUACCCUGUGUACGUAAUAAACUGCACGUAAGAGAGAGAGGAAACUAGGAAAACAGGGAGCAAGUCAUGAACACAGCAGGAGAACCACAGGACAUGGAAGGAGAGUUGGACAUAGACACAACGUCUGACUCAGAAUCUGAAUCAGAAUUUGAUCCUGAGAGCAGCACAGGAUCUGGCAGUCUGAGUGAGAACAACAGCGCAAAGGAAGUAAAACUAGGGAAAAAAAGGAAAAUGAAAAAACGUAACUGUACAACCAAGAAGAGACAAGCCGAAGGUACCAAAGUUCCCAUAGAGACAACGUCUGGCUCAGAAUCUGAAUCAGAAUUUGAUCCUGAGAGCAGCAUAGGUUCUGACAGUCUGAGUGAGAACAACAGCGCAAAGGAAGUAAAACUAGGGAAAAAAAGGAAAAUGAAAAAACGUAACUGUACAACCAAGAAGAGACAAGCCGAAGGUACCAAAGUUCCCAUAGAGACAACGUCUGGCUCAGAAUCUGAAUCAGAAUUUGAUCCUGAGAGCAGCACAGGAUCUGACAGUCUGAGUGAGAACAACAGCGCUUUCCAAAACUCCAGCCUGUGUUUCAGACAAAAAUUUGGAAACAAAUCUGAACUUCCUGUCACAUGUGGAGAUAAAGACGGCGUCCUGCAUGUGGUGAAAUAUAAUGACAUGGAGAAGUGCAUCUUCAGUGAAGGCCAGUGGUUCAAGCCCAACGAAUUUGAGAGGUUCGGAGGAAAGGAGAGAAGCAAAAAAUGGAAGACCAGCAUCUUUUGGGAGAAUUUUCCACUCCAGAAACUCAUAGAGGCUGGAUGUCUGUCAUCCUUUAAGCAAAGCCAGAUUAAGAAUAAACAGAUUGACACUCCUGAAUCCUCACUUGUUGCUGACAGACUCAUAAAAAGAAAGUGUCAGAGACCGCUGUUUCCCUCCUGCUCUGAAUCAAAUGGCAGGAACGAUGAUGACAAUGGCAAAGUUGUUGAUGAGAAUGAUGAAGAUAUCAUUGACAUGACCGUGUUUGAAGGUCCAACCCUACCUGUUACCUGUGGUUCUGGCUCUGGCAUCCUACACAAAUAUCGCUUUGCCACAGGGCGUUGUGGGAGAUGCAUAAGAACAAAAGACUUCUGGCUGACACCUGAGGAUUUCAUCAGAGUGAGCAAACCAGAAGGAACAUGGAGAAAAGACAUUUUAUCCAAUGGGGAACCUCUGGGGAAACUCAUAAUGAAAAGUGUUUUGGAACUGCAUAUGAUAAACUGCGAUUGUAAGAUCUGUAAAGACCUGGAACAAUACCUACAGAAUGAUGACGUGUGUUUCGUGUGUGACUCUGAGGGAGAUCUCGUGUGUUGUGAUGAGUGUCCACGAGCUUUUCAUUCACACUGUCACCUACCAGCUGUACGUGAAGACUCACCUGGAAGCCAGUGGAGCUGCACAUUUUGUGUGAUGAAGAAGAUGAAAAGUUCCAAUCAAAAGACCCAACAGGAUAUUUUGAGCAUUCCAGUCUCUCAAUACACACUGCACUGCCAGUACCUGCUGUUACACCUGCUACACGAGAGCAUGACCGACCCCUGUGCCAAAGUUCCAGGAUUCAGUGGGAACAUUUGUGGUCCCAUGAUGCUGGGCAGAGUGAAGCUGAACUUGGAGAAUAAUGAUUAUCAAACAGUGCAAGAGUUUGUCACGGAUAUUGAACUGAUUUUCAACAACUGUUGCACUUCCAGUGAAGACAGUGACUCGAGUAGAAUGACCUCAAGGCUGAAGGAAGUAUUCAAGAGGAAGUUUGAAACUGUCUUUAAGCUCCUAUAACAUCAUGCUAUGGGUUGUUUGUUUAUAUGGCAGUAUUGUUUCGCAGAGCACACUCUUGAAGUGUUUCCAUGUCCACUUUUUAUAGGCGAUGCCUAUUAAGCAUACAGAAGAAAGGCACAACUCUGAUAUGCAUAUAAAUACAUAAUUAACAACUAGUUGUUCAGUUCAGUUCCAUAUUCACUGUCUAGAAUUUUUGUAAAUGUGUUUGUCACAUAUAUAUAUAUAUAUAUAUAUAUAUAUA